CCUCAUUGGUUUUCAACCUCAGCUCUGAUUGGGUUCCCCCUUUCCAAUUAGAUAAGAUAUAUUUAACAUCUUGUCAUCUAGGCUCUCGAUUCCCAAAAUGGCUUCAAACUCAAAAAAAUUUAUAUUGGCUUGAUAUUUCUAAUUCUGGAAUUUCUGAUACAAUUUCCAAUUUCUAUUGGGUCUUUAGUCCUCAACUAGAAUAUAUGGAUUUGUCUUACAAUCAAAUCACUGGCCAAAUAGCAAAUUUGUCAUUGGAGUUCUACUUUCCCCCUGCGAUAGACUUGGGUUCAAAUAAAUUGGAAGGAAAAAUACCAAGAUUUAUGUUUAAAGCAAUACAUUUGGAUCUUUCCAAUAAUAUGUUUUCUGGGCCAAUCCAAUCCCUAUGUGCAAUUAGUAUUAGAAAUUUAAGUUGUCUAGAUCUCUCCAAUAACCAAUUAUCAGGAGAACUUCCUGAUUGUUGGAUGCAUCUUGAAGAAUUGAAAAUUCUUAAUUUGGCAAACAAUCAUUUUCAUGGGAAAAUCCCAAGUACAAUGGGCUCCCUUCUUGGGAUUGAAACAUUGGAUUUAGGCAACAAUAGUUUCAUUGGGGAACUUCCUUCAUCCUUGAAAAAUUGCACGGAGUUGACAUUUAUUAAUCUUGGACACAAUAACCUGUCAGGACAAUUACCAAUGUGGUUAGGGACCAGCAAUCCAAAUUUAGUUGUGCUCAACCUUCGAUCCAAUCACUUAUAUGGAAGCAUGCCUUCACAUCUAUGCCAUCUAGCUCAUCUUCAACUUUUAGACCUCGCUUUAAACCAAAUCUCAGGGAGUAUACCAAAAUGCCUCAAUAAUCUUACCCUUUUGACUCAAAAAUUGAGUUCAAAUGCCACCAUCACCCAUUUGUAUGAAGAAGACUUUAGCAGGACUUCCAAGGACCGUGCAUAUGAUGAUCAUGUGUUUUGGAUGUGGAAAGGAAGAGAGUAUGAGUACAAAGGUAUUCUUGGACUAGUAAAAAGCAUUGAUCUCUCGAGCAACAAAUUAACUGGGACAAUUCCUGUAGAAAUUAUGGAACUUGCUGGAUUGAUAUCUUUGAAUCUCUCUAAGAACCUUUUGUCUGGACAAAUCAGUUCAAAUAUUGGUGCUUUACUUUCGUUAGAGGUCAUGGAUCUGUCGAAAAACCAGCUUUUGGGUGGAAUUCCUUCCAGCCUUUCUCGAAUUCUUGGUCUAAGUUUCUUGGAUUUGUCAAACAAUAACUUGUCAGGCCAAAUUCCAACGGGCCCUCAACUCAAUACCUUUACUGCCACUGCAUAUGAGGGAAACCCAGGUCUCUGUGGAGCUCCACUUCCAAAGAACUGUUCAGGAGAAGAAACUACUCAAAACUCAAACAAGAGGAAUGAGCAUGAUGGCAAGCAAGAUGAUGAAGAUGGGUUUAUAACCCUGGGGUUCUAUGUUAGUGUGGCUCUUGGCUUUUUUGCUGGUUUCUGGGGAGUUUUUGGCACACUGGUACUGAAAAGGUCAUUGCAAUUAGCCUUUUUCAAGUGUUUGAACGAUUUUAAAGACUGGUUAUAUGUGGCGAUAUCAGUGAAUAUGACCAGAUUGCAAAGGCAGCUUCAAAAGCUAAUCGGUGUUGCUAUCCGACUUUAGAAUACUUUUCUUUGGGAGAUAUGUAAACUUUGUGAACUCUGUGCUUUUUGUGCACUUUGUGUUUGGUAUUUGUGUUAGAGCAGGCGUGUGCUUCAAAAAAAGACUUGUUGAAGAUUGAUAAUAAUUUGAUAUGUACCUUAA